AUGCCAUUCUCAUUCUUCGCCCCCCCACACACCGCCCGCCCCUCCCCCUCCUCUGAACACUCGGAAUUCUUCUUCCCCGAGUACCCCGCUUUCGAUUUUGACGGCCAUCUCUCGGCUGCUGGCGGUCUGGACGAACGGCGCGAGAGUGCCGAGUCUGCUUCGAGUAGCGGCUCGGAUGAGACCGAGGCGGAUGGUGAUGAGGAGCAUGAUGGGGAUGGAAGGAUAAGCGGGCAGAGGAAGGAGGCUACAUCGACACCGACAUUCACUAGGCCCUCACCAUCGCGUUCAUUCUCUCACCCCGUCCACGCGCCUGUAUCUUCCCGGGCUACCCGUCCUCGCGGACUCACACCCCUCACCCCCAUCAACCCGCACCUCUCCUCCUCCUCCUCCUCCUCCUCUUCUUCUUCUUCCUCUUCCUCAUCAACAUUCAUCAACCCCCUCCGCCCCUCCGGGCCCAAAGCCCAACCCCUCGCCCGCGCACUCUUUGCACGUAUGGCCGAAGGCCAGGGUCUUCCCGCUCUGGGUGGGGCAGGGGGAGUAGGGAAAGGAGGGAAGAAGCCGCAGAAGAUGGUUGUACCGUCGAAAGCGUUCAAGACGAGUUUUACGUUGGAUAUGAGUGCGAGCGAGUUGGCUAGGCGAUAA